CAUAACAUCCAUACUCCAACGCAGUAUAUUGUCUAUAUGUAUAUAUCUUUACUUCUAUGCCCUUCUCUCUUCUUCUUCUCUGUUUCCGCUCUGUUUCGGUGUUUGUUGUGUUGUAUUGUUGUGUUUGCUCUCUCGAUCUCAGCUUUAUACACGUGUCUACCAUGACAAUUGCUUCGGUUUCCAUCCUCCGUCAAAAAUUGCCGCCCUGCUUCUCCGCCGCCGCCCUCUGUCCGCGACGUUUCAUUUAUGCGGCGGCUCGCCACCAUCUGAACCCAACGAAUGUCAGAAGGCAGCACCCGCAGCAGCAGCCUCAGAAAAACCUUCUCAAAGCUCGGGAAAGCUUCAAGAAGCAAUUCUCAUCUCUAUCUCCAGCUCUUUCACCCGACGACAAGCCUGUUCUGAAGGAAAAUGAGGCGAUCGGCACUGUCGCCGCGUCGCAUGCCAAUUUCAUGCGCGUAGUUGUGAAUUCGGCUUCGCAGCCGCUGGAAGAUUCCGGAAGUUUGGGAGUGGAAUUGCUGUGCGUGGUGAAGGCUGUGUUGAAGAAAAUAAAAAGGAGAGUGCUUGUGGGGGAUAAGGUGCUUGUAGGUUCGGUCGACUGGGUUGAUAGGAGAGGAAUGAUUGAAAAUAUUUUUCAGCGGAAGAGUGAGAUUUUGGAUCCUCCUGUGGCGAAUGUAGACCAUCUAGUAGUCCUAUUCUCUUUGGUGCAGCCUAAACUCGAACCUUUUAUGCUUACUCGAUUCCUUGUGGAGGCUGAAUCUACUAAUAUUCCAUUCACUCUUGCCUUGAAUAAAACCGAGCUUGUUGAUGAAGCGAUACUGAGGGGUUGGAAAUCUCGGCUUCGCGGCUGGGGCUAUGAGGCAGUUUUCUGCAGUGUUGAUACUAAACUAGGAGUCGACACUCUGCAAUUCAUUUUGAGAGAUCAAACAUCUGUAAUUGUUGGUCCCAGUGGUGUUGGUAAAUCAAGUUUGAUCAAUGCCUUAAGAGGCAAUAAAAGUGUUACUGGUGCUACUGAAGACGACAAUUGGUUUGAACCUAUUCUAGGUAGUAAGUGGUUUGAAGAGCAGCGAGUUGGGGAAGUGUCGGCUAGGAGUGGAAGAGGAAAGCAUACCACUAGGAAUGUUUCGUUGCUACCACUGUCUGGUGGAGGAUAUCUUGCUGACACCCCUGGAUUCAGCCUGCCUAGUUUGUUCAAAGUAACAAAGCAAUCCCUUGCACAGUACUUCCCAGAGAUCCGGAAAAUGCUGGAAGCUGGCGGACCUGGAAAAUGCUUGUUCAGCGACUGCUUGCAUCUAGGUGAAAGAGGAUGCCUUGUGAGAGGAGACUGGGAAAGAUAUUCCUAUUAUCUUCAAUUGCUUGAUGAAAUUCGAGUUAGAGAAGAGUUUCAGCUGAGGACCGUCGGGACUAAAAGAGAGAGUGAUGUGAGGGUCAAGGUGGGAGAACAUGGGGUGAAGCAAGCUGAGCCAAGAUUGGAACCCAAGAAGCACAGGAGACAAUCUCGGAAGAAGUUGAAUCAGUCGCUACUGGAUGAGUUGGAUGAACUUGAUGAUGACGAAGAUGAACAAGAUAACGAAAAAAACACCUUUAUCGAGGCAGGGCAGUGAAGAUAAUCAAGAAUACCCUACCUGUAGUAAGGAUACAUGCAUGCAUGUGUACAUACAUACAUACAUACUUGGUGAUUAUAUUUUACCCAACCCGAUGUUAUGCUUCCCUUCCCUCCUCUUCCCUCGCUAUCUUGUAAGUAAUAUCACUCACUGUGAAGGGAUUCCUUCUGUAAUAUCACUGGAAACAAUAUUUUCUUAGA